AUGGAUCACACACAAGAACGAACUGAUAUGGAUUUUUAUACAUUCGACAUUGUCACGGUCGUGUGCCUGCCGCUAACGAUAAAUAUAUACACAACAUGA